CAACUGCGUUGAUAUUACAACCCGAGCUCCUUUCCCAAGGUAUUCGCAACUUUUACGACAAUCUUCCAUCCAUAAUUUUUCUCGGCAUUUUCUCUCAAAUCGCUCAAAUUUUCUCGGAAAAUCAAAGUCAACCUGCGAUUCUUUUACUAGAUCGAGGGGUGAGAUAAUAUGGAUGCUGAUGAGAUUUUUGGUGACUCCCGAUCAGUAAGUCUUCCAACCAGGAGUGCAGUAUAUGUGUGGGGCUAUAACCAAUCUGGGCAAGCAGGUAGGAAUGGUAAAGAGCGGAACUUGAGGAUCCCAAAGCAGCUCCCCCCUGAACUUUUUGGAUGCCCCGCGGGAAUUAAUUCGCGAUGGUUGGAUAUUGCUUGUGGCCGGGAGCAUACUGCAGCUGUGGCCUCAGAUGGGUCACUUUUUACGUGGGGAGCAAAUGAAUUUGGUCAGUUGGGGGAUGGAACUGAGAAGGGAAGGAAACAACCGAAGAAAGUAAAGCAAUUGCAGACAGAAUUUGUGAUUUCUGUAUCUUGUGGAGCACAUUGUACUGCUGCUAUUGCGGAACCACAUGAAAAUGAUGGAACUAUGGUGACUAGAAGACUUUGGGUUUGGGGGCAAAAUCAGGGAUCCAAUUAUCCACGUUUAUUUUGGGGGGCGUUUGCUCCAAACACGCUUAUCCGCCAAGUUUCUUGUGGGGCUGUUCAUGUUGUGGCUUUAUCAGAAGAUGGCCUGCUGCAAGCUUGGGGCUACAAUGAAUAUGGUCAGCUUGGCAGAGGUGUUACUUGUGAAGGACGUCAGGGGGCUCGUGUUAUUAGUGCAUAUGCGAAAUUCCUUGAUGAAGCCCCCGAGCUUGUAAAGAUUAUCCAAGUGUCAUGCGGGGAGUACCACACUGCAGCUAUUUCGGAGAAUGGAGAGGUCUACACCUGGGGGCUAGGUAGCAUGGGUCAACUUGGGCAUUGUUCGCUUCAGAGUGGAGAUAAGGAGCUAUUGCCUAGGCGAGUGGUAGCCCUAGAUGGAAUCUUUAUAAAAGAUGUUGCAUGUGGUGGUGUACAUACAUGUGCUGUGACUGAGAAGGGAGCUCUUUAUGCUUGGGGUGGUGGUCAAGCUGGCCAGUUAGGCCUUGGCCCCCAAAAUGGAUUCUUCUCAUGCGUCCCUAAUGAAUCUGAAAUGUUGCUCCGGAAUGUACCUGCUUUGGUUAUCCCAACUGGUGUGCAACUCGUUGCGUGUGGACAUUCUCACACUCUUAUUUCUACUAGAGACGGAAGAAUUCACGGAUGGGGUUACAAUAGCUAUGGUCAGGCUGCUAAUGAGAAAUCUACGUAUGCUUGGUAUCCAUCACCAGUUGAUUGGUGUGUUGGGGAAGUACGAAAACUAGCAGCUGGUGGUGGCCACUCAGCAGUGUUGACAGAUGCAUGUUCCUUGAAGGAAUUGUGCGAGUUUAGGCUUGCAGACCAUGUCACUCUAGCAAAUGUUUCUGAGAUUGAGGAUGUUGCGUCCAGAACUGGAUCAGAUGCUUUAGCACGCCUUUGUGAAAGAUUAAGGGUGCAUUUGCUUGAUGGUGGUGAUUUCGACUAUGAAGAUGAUGAUGAUGGGAAGACUUAACAAGGCAACCAAGGUGGUCUUGAUAUUGCAAAUCAUUCUGUUGUAUAAUUUUCAGUUGAUCAUAUCUCCUGAUUAUUGAUUGAAUUAGCAGACUGAAAGCAGGGAAUUGUUGUAUGCUGAUGAUGGGUAUUUCUUGUAAUUCGUGAAUAUUUAUUGAAACCUAUAAAAUUGGGGAUUAAUACAGAACAAGUAUUAGUUGUAUUCUAUAAAUAAAUCAUCGCACAUUAUAAAGCA